AAACCCAGGUUUUUUGGGCCGUAAUAAACCCCGAUUCGGUUUCCGAAAACCCCUAGCUGAUCCUCAUCGUCCUCCUCCGCUCUGGCUCCAUGGUAGCUCCGAAUCCCAGCAUCCUGCCAUAAGCAACAAUUUUUCGUAAUUUAUUUGUCUCCAAAUCCAGAGGUACAUGGAGAUAGCUUCUGUGGAAAAGCUCAAGGGUCUGCAAAUCACUCCUCUUGAGGACGAGGAAGAAGAGGAGGAACAGAAAGCUCAAGAGAUUGCUGUGGACGAAGAUGACGACAACGACUACGACGAAGAUGAAGAAGACGAAGAAGAACCUGUGAUUUUAGGCUUCGUGGAAAAGCCAGACCACAGCUGGUCCCUUCUCCGUCAACAGUUCCCUAGCAAGGCUGGGGGCGUCCCGGCUUGGUUGGAUCCUGAUAACUUACCAUCAGGAAGAUCUUGUGUUUGUGAUUUGUGUGGGGAACCAUUACAGUUUCUGCUUCAGGUUUAUGCACCACUAGUUGAAAAGGAGUCAUCUUUUCAUCGAACUGUAUUUGUGUUCAUGUGUCUAUCAAUGAAUUGCCUUCUUCGGGAUCAGCAUGAGCAAUGGAAGCGUCAUCAUGAGAAGUCAUCUCGAAGUGUGAAGGUUUACCGUUGCCAAUUGCCUCGUGUUAAUGCUUUUUACUCAAGUGAACCCCCAAAAGGCAAUAAGUCUGACAAACCUUUGGCCCCUGGAGCACCUCUAUGUAAUUGGUGUGGUACCUGGAAAGGAGAUAAAUUCUGCAGUAAUUGCAAAAGUGCACGAUACUGCUCACAAAAACACCAGGCCAUGCAUUGGGGUGCAGGUCAUAAACCUCAGUGUCAGCAGCUAAGCCUUUCUUCACAGUUACCUGACUCUAAUACCUGUAAUGGUGGAACUGCUGCAAUAAAAGCAGUUGCAAGCAAAAGUCUAUGGCCAGAAUAUGAGAUAAAAAAUGAGCAUGAAAGUGAAUCUGAAACAGAGAUGUCUGAAGAUGAUGCACAAACCAAUAAUUCAUUAGUAUCUAAGAGUGGAAUGGAUGAUUCAAUGAAGUCACUUUUGGAUAGCUUUGAGGGAGACUGUGACAGAAAGAGUUGGGCUUCUUUCCAAGAGCGCAUAGCCAAGGCCCCAGAACAAAUCUUAAGGUACUGUAGGAGCACUAAAGCUAAGCCUUUGUGGCCCAUGUCAAGUGGUCGCCCAUCUAAGGCCGAUCUUCCUAAAUGCCACUAUUGUGGCAGUCCUUUGUGUUUUGAAUUUCAGAUCUUGCCUCAGCUGCUUUAUUACUUUGGUGUAAAGAAUGAUAUGAAUUCUCUCGACUGGGCAAGCAUUGUGGUGUACACAUGUGAAGCCUCUUGUGAAGGUGUUGGUUAUAAAGAGGAAUUUGCUUGGGUACAGCUGAGUUCAGCAUCUCCUAAUCUCCCUUGAACCAUCUGUUCAGGGGCAUUUUUUCUUCCAUUUAUUUAUUUAUCUUUUGGUGUGUGGUUUCAUUUCUUCAUAAACACAUUCUGGUCUCCCUUGAACACAUUGAAGCAAAUGUAUACGUACAAGCAAUCCAUUUAACUUACCAUCAGCUCCUUUUGUCCGCCCAAUGACUAGCACUUUGAAUUGAUUUUAGUUGUGCUGCCUAACUAAAAUUUUCUGUCAAUUUCUAAGGAUGAAAAUGUACAGUUUAGAGAAUGUUAGUAGAAACCCUAUUUCAACAAAUUAGAUAUUGUCGU